CUGUUAUUUUCCGUCAUGGCCGUUUCAAGAUCCGUGCUGCUGCCUUUGGCCGUUGUGCUUGUGGGCCUGUUCGGCUUGGUAUCUUCGGCGAAGCUCAACCUGUGCCAGCUGACUGGCCUUGCCUACACGCCAACAUCGCAGGUGAAGACACUGGCCUGCAGUGCCGUCGACCAGUUCAAGAAGGAUGCUGGCGGCAAUAUCGGUGUCACUUUCCCGCCGGGUUCCAUUAUGCUACCAGUGCCCAAUCCAACUAAGUUCGAUCACUUCCAACUGUCCAUGUUCGCCUUGAAGACCACCCUUGACCGACAGUACUACGAGAAGGCUGCCGGCUACGAAGUUAUUCUGAACGGCGAAGGCUCACGUCACUACACUACGCCCUUCGCGUCGCUUGGCAACAACAUGACAAACGUGGAGACCAAGGUUGCAACCCUGUUGGCCGAAGUCACCGGUUUCUGUUACAACUGCACUAUUAACGUCGACCCAGUCACCUUCCCCAAGGCAAAGUCAACCUACACUGACCUAGCCAACUAUUAUGGCGAUAUGGCGCUGUUCAACUACGGCCUGCUGAAUGCCGCUGUCUUCUCCUCGAGGAACUGCGUGUUGCCCUGCAGACUCACUCAGUGAUUAUUGCGUCACCAGCGGCUAAGUGCUGUCUACUCGCCGACACUUGCGGAUUACGCUGCAGACGGCGCCGCACUGCAGUGAUCGUUGUGUCCGUUUAGGGUCCCAGCCCGUCUUGCCCUAUGCCUGCAUUGUGUACUAUUGGUGCCCUGAUCUUCCACACAUGCCCAAACGGAACGGUAUGCAUCCAAACAGACACUCAUCUGUCGCUAUAAUCUGUAUUGUAUAAAGCUGCCUCUUUUUUGCUACUGGGUUCUCCAAACACGAGACUUUGCCUCGCCCGUUCCCAACUCAACUUCAGCUUUGCUCUCCCUUGAAGCUAGCCUUUUGUCCACUGACAUUGAAGUUCUCUUUUCCCUUGUAUUAGUUAUUUUAUAUCCGUUCUUGCAAGUCCAUUGUCUGACGUCUAGUUCACCGCUUUUUACCUCACAGAAAGGAAUUUUCUGAUUCCUUCUCGCCCAGAUGAGCCACCAUGCUGUAUUUAUUACGUUCUGGACUACCUUUACAAUGCUAUUGGACCGGAACACACACUGAAAACAUACUCCAGUUCAA